CAAGUUUUCAACUCUUGUUUGUAUAUCCGGCCCGUUGGUGUGUCCAUGGAGCAAACGGAGUUGCCAAAGCCAUUUGCAAAGACCACCGGUACUGAAUCUUCCUUGGAACAUCUCCUGCAACAGACUCCGCGACACAAGCAAGGCUGUCAUGAACGCUUGAGACUGGCUGCUCUCUUGGGCCAUCCAUUGAGCAGGUUUGCAACUUUCCGUCUGCAAGUGGGGCGAAUACUGCACACCAACAUGGCCGAAAGCAUGAUUCUAUUCCUGGUCACUGUGGAACUUUGCAUGGGUAUAGUGGAACUUGGAGUCGAGCAUGGCUUUAUUUGUAUGUUUUACGCAGAAGUACCCAAAGAAUUAGAAGGUGCCUUCCAUGGCUUUCUUUGUGAAAGUGCAGAAGGAGAGCGGACAGCAUCAAUGCUGGAGAGCUGCGAAGUAAUCUCGCGAGCGAUUGUUGGAGUUUUUGCCGUCGAAAUGCUACUCAAAAUGGUAGUAGCACCAUUUCAAAUGAUCGGAAACCCUUGGCAUUUGCUGGAUUUGAUGGUGGUCUGCACAAAUCUUCUCGUGUUUUUCAUUCCAAGUCAUCAGCGUCAUAGCGAACGCCUCACUUUUGUCCUUCGAUGGUGGCGAGUGAUCAAGUUCUUAAAGUUGAUAGAGGAGGAAGCUGUCCUUGUGGAAGAGCGCAUCAGGAAACGGCUGGAAGCCGAAAAGGAGGAAGCAGAGGACUCAGCAGCCUUGGCCUUGUCCAAAAGAGGCCUUGUGAAUGACAAGGGCGAAGCACCCGAAGCAUCCACACCAGGUGGGACCUACUCUAACCUUGUCGAGGUAAGCCCACAAGGACACUCCCCGCUAGCUCCCAGAAGGACACCUGGUGCCGCUGCGAGAUUCACCGCCAAGAGAGGUGCAAAGAUCGGCGCUGGUCUUGGCACCGUGAUUGGCACGACAGUUGGAGCUGCAGUUGGACUGCUUCCCGCGCUAUUUACCUUCGGGCUGUCGAUUCCAAUUUUUGCAGCUGUUGGCGGGGGAGCUGGUCUCCUCAUGGGAAGUGCCGUUGGUGGUGCAACUGGCUUUGCUGGCCGAUGGGUGCGCCCAAAAGCUGACUGAGAUCGCAAAAAGCAUCGUGCUUAGCUAACUACUUCCUAGUAUAGCUUCUUGUUGCAAGUAGCGAUGGCCUCCAACCUACUUGCGAUGGCCUCCACCUAAUAGCGUGGAAUGUGCUUGCUUGCACUUUCACUCCAUGAAAAGACAUGCUCUGCUGAUCUCUGCUGUGCAAAGUAACUAAGACAAAGAGUUUUGACGUCCUGUUUCCGCACAAAAGUUUUUCACAAGCUGUUGCUGGAAGAGGUACACUGCCAGCAUGAUCUCCAUGAUCUUAACAAGAGGGAACAUGCAGGAACUACAACUCUCAUUCGGAGCCUUACAUGCGUCAGAGCUUGCAAGAUUUGCUGCAUUCGCGCUCACAUGGUUGUAUACUCGAUCAGCUUGACGCAUUGUCAUGCAACACCCUUCACUCUUUUGGGUUCAAAACGUAGUGUCUCAUUAAGCGCCCAAUCUUGACGUGCAACAUUGUGA